AUGAGUCAAAUUUGCUAUCUAUGCGACAAACAAGCUAUAUUAAAAUGCGGAUGCACUGAAGCAUGCACAUUAAUUUGCAAUGUUCAUUGAAAAGAUCAUAUUUCGAGCAACUUCUUUAUAAGUCAUGCUCUCAACCCUAUAGAAAAAACACUCAAACCUGUUAUAGUAAAGCAACUUGAACUUUACUAUGAAAAGAGCUAUGAAGCUAUACUUGCAGCCAUAAACCAUUUCAAUGCAAAUGUCGAAACUUUAAUUGAACAAAUUAACGAUUCUAGAGCAUCAAUACUCAAAUUAAGUGAAGAAACUCUUUCUAAAAAUUAUAGACAUCUACAGAAUUUAAAGAAUUGCCCUCUUGAAUAUUUAUAGUGGCUUACCUAUUCUAUGAAAUGCUUUCAUCUUCAAUCAGAAUUUAAAAUAACUAUAUACGUAUGCAAGCCAAGUAUCUAGCAAAAUAUUUAAUGGACCAUAUCUUAUGAAGAAGCAAUUUAUUUUUUAACUUUAGAUGAGUGUUCCUCUAUUGAAAAUUAUUUGAUUGAGCAUCAUUAUUUUUCUUAUAAUGCUUUAGAAGAUGCCAUUCUAUUAUUUAAUAAAAGGAGAAAUUUCAUAGGAAUAAAGGAAGAAUUAAAAAAGACAAAGGAAGAGUUAAACCGACUUAGAGCUAAAAAUUUAAUCGAUUCGAUGGAUGUUGAAGCUUAUAAGCAGAUGGUUGCAAAAUGAGAUUCUCAAAUAAAAGAGCAUGAAAUUGAUUUAAUUAGAAAAGAGAUUCAUCUGAAGUGAAUGAAAAAAAGCAUCAAGAAGAGUUCUUGAAAAUGAAAAUCGAAUAUGAAAAAUUGUUACCUGAUGCAAAUAAAAUUUAUUUAA